UGUGCUGGCCUUAUUUUUCUGACCAAUUUUUUAACAAAAAAUACAUUUGUGAUGAGUUGAAAGUUGGACUUGGAUUUGACUCAGAUGAAAAUGGAUUGGUGUCACGCUUGGAGAUAAAAACAAAAGUGGACCAACUUCUUAGUGAUGAGAACAUAAGAUCAAGUUCCCUGAUGCUAAAGGAGAAGGUAACAUGCAACAUAGCAGAAGGAAGUCGCUCUUCAGAGAAUUUUAACAGGCUAAUAUAGAGAGUAGAGUCUCUGAAACAACAGAAAUACAACAUGAGCAUUCCAAGUGUGCUAGUUUUACCAGGUCCAGCUCAAGGACAUGUCUAUCCCAUGAUGAACUUCUCGCAAAAGUUGGUUGAGAAUGGAUGCAAAGUCUAUUUUGUGAACACAGACUUCAACCAUAAGCGAGUUGUGAGUUCCAUGGUUGAGCAACAAGAAAGCCUUGAUGAAUCACUGGUAAAGUUGGUUUCAAUCCCAGAUGGUUUAAGACCUGAGGAUGACAGAACAGAUUUUGUCAAGUUAUUUGAUGCUAUACUAAGCACCAUGCCUUCUAUGCUUCAGAGGAAAAUAGAAGAAAUUCAUUUGUAUGGUGAGGAUAGAAUCAGCUGUAUAGUUGCAGAUGUGAAUAUGGGAUGGGCUUUGAAUGUUGGGAACAAGUUGGGAAUCAAAGGAGCUCUCUUCUGGCCUGCAUCAGCUGCUAUGUUUGCCUUUCAAUGCAACAUCCCUGCACUUAUUGAUAAAGGGAUCAUAGAUUCUGAUGGAUUACCAAUCACUAAAAAGACAUUUCGGAUAUCACCAACUAUGCCUGUGAUGGACACAGUGACUCUUUUUUGGUCGAAUGUGGCUGACUCAAUAAAUCUUAAGAAAAUAGUUAAUUCUUUGAAGUACUGCGCAGGAACUACACAUUUGACAAAGUGGUGGCUUUGCAACACCACGUAUGAACUUGAACCUGGUGCAUUGCCCUUUGUUCCGAAGCUCCUACCAGUUGGUCCAUUGUUGAGAAGUUAUGACAAUAAAAAUGUAAAUGCAAGAUCAAUUGGUCAGUUCUGGGAAGAAGAUUUGUCCUGCAUGAGUUGGCUUGAUCAGCAACCUCAUCAUACUGUGGUGUAUGUUGCCUUUGGUAGUUUUACUCUCUUGGAUCAAAACCAAUUCAAAGAACUAGCAAUUGGACUAGACCUUACCAAUAGACCUUUUCUUUGGGUUGUGCGUCAAGAUUCCAAUUGUACCAAUAAGAUGACAUACCCCAAUGAAUUCCUUGGUAGUAAAGGCAAGAUAGUUUCAUGGGCUCCACAACAAAAGGUGCUAAGCCACCCUGCCAUAGCUUGUUUUGUUAGCCAUAGUGGUUGGAAUUCAACUAUGGAAGGUUUGUCUAAUGGGGUGCCCUUCUUGUGCUGGCCUUAUUUUUCUGACCAAUUUUUUAACAAAAAAUACAUUUGUGAUGAGUUGAAAGUUGGGUUAGGAUUUGACUCAGAUGAAAAUGGAUUGGUGUCACGCUUGGAGAUAAAAACAAAAGUGGACCAACUUCUUAGUGAUGAGAACAUAAGAUCAAAGUCUCUAGAGCUAAAGGAGAAGGUAACAUGCAACAUAGCCGAAGGAAGUCGUUCUUCAGAGAAUUUUAACAGGUUUGUCAAGCGGCUGAAAGAAUGAGGAUUGGCCAUAUAGCUUGUUUGUUUUUGCAAAUUCAGUUUAAUUUGCAAAUUAUAUCCAUUUCCUGAUUUGAAUUUUCAUAUUUUCCUAAUUGGAACCGUGACAUUUUCAUAAAGAAAUCGUUG